UCAAACUUAUUUGGACCUUUUUUAUGCAAUAAGUUGGAUAAUAGAAAACAUGAUAAAAAAAAAUCAAAGCUUUAAAACAUUUAACAAGUUCAUUGGAAAAAAAAAAAUCUAAAAGAAAAAUGGCCUUUGCUACUCCGAUUUGCCUUGCCCCUUCUUUAAAUAAAAAGAAACAAAGGAUUCUCUUUCAUUUAUUGUCAUCAUGAUGAAUGGCAGUAUGUUUCAACCAAAAAGAAAAGAAAGAAACUGGAAACGUUUUAUUGUUUAUUUCAUCAUUUUAUUUUUUACAUUCCAAUUUUUAAAGUUAAUUUACCAACUUUUAUUCCCAAAUGUUAUUCAAUCUACUGUCAACCAAGAUCAACAUGUAGAUUAUAAAGAAAAAACGUAUUAUAACAACAAACAACAAAAUAUACUUUAUUUUUAUCAAGAUAACCAAACUUAUUUUGAUUUCCCAUGGUAUCAAACAAAACAUACAAGACCUCAAUACAGGCCUAAUUCUAAUUUGACUACUACUCAUCUUACACUGAAGGAACGUGAUAUCUUGCAACAAAAGGCUGUUCUUCAAGCAAAAAAGUUGGCCUAUAGAAGAUUCCCUAAAGAAGAUUAUGAAACAUCAAUUAAAGGAAGCACAACUGUAAAUACAUUAGAAAAAACAAUUGCAUUUAGAAAAAGGCUAGAUUGUUGGUUAAAGAGAGGUCAUUGGAUACGAGAUGAUGGCAAAGAUGCUGUCUAUCAACUAAAACAUCUUCAAGAUCCCAUUUAUAGUACAUGUGAUGCACAAUUCUACAAGACACAUUCUAAAGAUGAAAAACGAGAAGCCAUAAAAUAUCGCUGGCAGCCAGCUGAGGAAUGUCGAUUUGAACAUCAACUCAAUCUCGAACAAUGGUGUCAUAUUUUACAAGGGAGACAUAUGUUAUUAGUAGGUGAUUUAGUCCAUUAUCAGUUUCAUGAAAUUUUAUUGGAUGCCUUUAGAGAUGAUCCCACAGUCUGUUUUGGCGAAUUAAACUGCAAAGAUCAUACUAUUUGCAAGUCACCUAGGGAUACACGGCUUCGUUAUAUUCGUAAUGACGUAUUAUCUACGAUUCGAAAAUUUCAAAAUAGAGAAAGAGGACAUCCUUUAGCUAAUAUAAUUGAGUGGCCCUUUGUGACAUCUAAUAUAUUGUCUUCUUAUCCAAUUCUGAUCCUUAGUCGUAGUGCUAUCUUAGGUGAUGAUGAUUUAAGUUUUACAAGACGAUUAAUUCAAACUCUUAAAGUGAUUCGUGAAACUUCACCUGAUACUUUAGUUAUCUAUCGAUCGACAUUUAUUGGACAUCCCUUUUGUGAUGACGCACACGGACCUCUUCAAGAAGUUUUAAAAGAUGAAGAACUCAGAAAGCUUCCUUAUGGAUGGAGUGAAAUAAAGAGAAGAAAUGCUAUUGCACAAGCCGUUGUAGAAGCAGCAGGAGGUGUUUACCUUGAUUUGGCUGCAAUGAUUGAUUUAAGACCUGAUGGGCAUGUUGGAGGACAAGAUUGCCUACGUUAUUGUAUACCUGGUCCUUUAGAUGCCACUGUUCAAAUUUUAUAUCAUGUAUUUUUAGAGUUAUUAUAAUAAUGUAUUAUUUAUUUAUUAUGAUAAUUUUGUGAUUCUAAAUAUUCUGACCAGCUAA